AUGCCUGGCACACAUCUCCUCCCGCCAAAUCUUCUAAAACUAUUUGCACCUCGACCGCCUCUUCCUUAUGCACGACCGGUCGGCAAAGACAUCCACCGCGUUACUUCCAAAGAUGUCGAUGGCGUUGCAAGUAUCCUAGCACGACUCAGGGAAGCCUCGACUGCAACAUUGAUUGCAGGGAACGGAGAAGUAGGAGACGGGAUGGAAGAAGGCGAAGAACCUGCUUUCACACUGGCCGAAGAAACCAAAAGGCAAAUUCGGCGAGAGGAACGCAAAAAGAAAAAGACGGAAGAGUUCAAGAUCGCUAAGGAGACCUACAAGCCUGCGGACGAUGCGGAAGCCAUUGGGGACCCGUAUAAAACGCUCUUCAUAUCACGUCUGAAUAAAAACGCAACCGAAAGUGACCUUCGACGCGAAUUCGAGAGCUUCGGCACCAUUGAACGGGUAAGACUGGUGCGGGACCAGAAAGGCCGGUGCAGAGGUUAUGCAUUCAUUGUCUACGAGCGCGAACGAGAUAUGAAAGCGGCUUACAAGGAAUCUGAUGGUUUGCAUAUCAUGGGCAAGCGCAUACUGGUCGAUGUCGAACGAGGCCGGACUGUAAGAGGGUGGAAACCCCGUCGUCUCGGUGGAGGUCUUGGUGGACGCCCUAAACCAGUUGAACAACCUGUAUUACCCCCUCCGAGAGUUCCCGGUGGACGUGGUGGUUUUGCAGGGGGUGGUGACGGGGGCGGCGGUGGCGGCGGCUUUGGAGACCGGGGAGGCGGCUUUGGAGACCGAGGUGGUGGUUUCGGGGACCGGGGUGGUUUCCGGGGCGGAGGUGGAGGUGGCUUUCGAGGAGGACGUGACGAUGGCUACAGGGGGGGCGGUCGAGGCGGCGGCGUUGGUUACCACGGAGGUGGAUUUGGUGGUGAUGCUCCUGCUGCUAAUGGCUUCGGCCCUCCAGGUGCACAAGUUCCUGGUGGUCCGGGCGGCUUUGGCGGUCCUCCACAACAAGGCUAUGGACCACCAGGGGGCGGCUUCGGACCAGGUAGAGGUGGAUUCCGUGGAGACCUCAAACGAGAAGGACCUGGUGGGUACGAUGACAGGGACGCUAAACGACCGCGAUAUUAG